CGUCUCCGCUCCGGCCUUAGGCCUCCUCUCCCCCCCACCCCAGAGGUGGGUGCCUGCUCCUCCCUCCCCGCUGAGGACCCCGCGGCGUUCCCCUAUGCCCUGUAGCUCCCCGCCUUUCUGGACUCUGCUGGGCCGCCUCGGCGCUCCCCCUCCGGUGUGAGGCGCUUCCCCUCUCCUCAGGGCCGCGCGGCCUCCUGACUCGUCCCCCCUUCCCUCAGGUUUCUUCUCCUCAGCCGCCGCUGCCCCUCGGGGGCUAUUGCCCGCCAUGAGCUACGGGCGCCCUCCGCCGGACGUGGAGGGCAUGACGUCCCUCAAGGUGGACAACCUGACCUACCGUACGUCCCCGGACACGCUCCGGAGGGUCUUCGAGAAAUACGGCCGAGUAGGCGACGUCUACAUCCCCCGGGACCGCUACACCAAGGAGAGCCGCGGCUUCGCCUUCGUCCGUUUCCACGACAAACGCGACGCAGAGGACGCCAUGGACGCCAUGGACGGGGCCGUGCUGGAUGGCCGGGAGCUCCGCGUGCAGAUGGCCCGUUACGGUGCGCCGCCCGCGUUCAACUUUUAACGCGCUUUUUUUUCUCCCCUCCUCGUACGUUUUAGCCCCAGAAGACGCCGUCGCAGCCGAUCUAGAAGCAGGAGCCGCUCUAGAUCCCGCAGUCGGUCCCGUUACAGUCGAUCCAAAUCCCGGUCUCGCACACGCUCUCGGUCUCGCUCCACCUCGAAGUCCAGGUCUGCCAGGAGAUCCAAGUCAAAGUCCUCGUCUGUCUCCAGAUCUCGGUCCAGGUCAAGAUCUCGGUCCAGAUCUAGAAGCCCUCCCCCUGCCUCAAAGAGGGAAUCCAACUCUAGAUCCAGGUCUAAGAGCCCUCCCAAGUCGCCGGAAGAAGAAGGAGCUGUAUCCUCCUAGGAACAUGAUGCAUCAGAUAAAUGAGAAUCUACAUAAAGGACGCCUUUGGGGGGAAAAGAUCGCUUGAGUCUUCAGUCCAUUGGAGAGACCCCUGGCACGAGCAACCAGCUGUUGAAAAGGUUAUUUUGUAACAUUUUGUCUAACUUUUUACUUGUUUAAGUUGCGCCUCAAGUGGCAGAUUUUACAUUUUAUGUGCCAUUUUGUUGCUGUUAUUCAAAUUUCUUGUAAUUUAGUGAAGUGAACGACUACCGAUUUCAUUAUUGGCUUGGAUAUUUGAGGUAAAACUUCAUUUUUGUUUAUAUAGUGCUGACUUUUAUUUGAAAUUAAAACUGAUGGUAACUUGCUGCCUCCAGUUUCAUACUGAGGAAACAAGCAGCUAUUAUAUGCUGAGUAGCUAACUCUGUUGAAAAGUAUUCUCAAUUUUGUCUUCAUUCCUUAAAUAAAAUUCUGCAAAACUUCAAUUUGAAACUUAAUGUAAAUGCUUUUUUUUUUUUUUACUUUGAAUUCAGAGAGUAUCUUCAAAUUCAAAUUGGUAGAAAUCUUUUCAGGUGACAGUUGAUAUUUGAAAGGAUUGUUUUAUCAGACUCAAUUCUAAUCUCUUCUCUUAUGUAUUUUUGUGCACUAGGCGCAGUUGUGUAGCAGUUGAGUAAUGCUGGUUAGCUGUUAAGGUGGCGUGUUGCAGUGCAGAGUGCUUGGCUGUUUCCUGUUUUCUCCUGAUUGCUCCUGUGUAACGAUGCCUUGUCGUGCAGAAACAAAUGGCUGUCCAGUUAAUUAAAAUGCCUGACAACUGCACUUCCAGUCACCCGGGCCUUGCGUAAAAAUAAUGGAGCAUACAGUGAGCACAUCUAGCUGAUGAUAUACACACCUUAUUUUUUCCAGAAUGGUAAAACUUACCAACCUACAUAUAUGAACUUACAUAUGAAAAAUGUAAUGUUAAGACAAGAAAUGGUUCAUUCCUUUGUAAGUACUGAUUGGUGUAUCUUUUGCUUAAGACAUUCUGUACUAUACCCACUGUCUCUGUAGUUAAUAUUAAACAUUUUUCUGUGUUAACUUUUCUCAACUUAAUGUCUGAGUCAGCUUAUUUUUAGCUUGAAAAGAUUUCUGCAAUUAUACUGUCAAUGUUUAACUUCUAUAUAGUAACUGAAUGCAUUCUACUGCUUACAAAUUUUAUCCACUGGGGUUGCUUUUAAAUUACUAUGGGCAAAUUUAACUAGUGUUAUGACUAACCCAAAUGUUGUAUGGCAAGUAUUGCACACCAGAUUAUAAACACAGAAUCAGACAUUGUUACGGAAGAUCGGCACUGAGCAGUACUAAUUGCAUUUGCUGUGUGCUUGCCCUGGCUCAACAGGCUGCUGCUUGAUGGUAGCUAAUCUUACAGUGAUGAUUUUUUUUUUUUUCUUGAUUUGGAUACCAAAUGAAUUGUAACUUCAACCAUCACGUGUCAAGGGUUAUUGUAAUGCCUUGUUAACUUUAUGCAUGUAUGUUAAAUGGGAAUGGAAACAUCUGAAUACUUGCAAUCUGGCUUGAUUGAAGAUUAAAAGUACUUUUCUACAAA